AUGUCUUCAGCUGCCCUUCAAACUGCUCCUCAUCAAUCUUCCUCCGUCUCAGCGCACUCACCUGUAGCUGCUGCUCCGUCAAGCAGACCAUACACCUCGGGUUCCGCGCAAUCCCGGGACCCAUACUACAAUCAAAAUACCUCAAACGCGUCUCCGUCUUCCAAUCGUCGGCCAAGUAGGAGGCCCAGCGGCAAUGGCGCAUCGCAGAACAAUUCACAACCAGCACCCACUCAAUACUAUUCCCCAAGCGCCCCUUCCGCUGCUCAGAUGACGAGUAGGUCGAAUAAUUCAAAUCACGAUUCUCCCACCAUACAGGGUUCGAAUACGGGAGGCUUUACCUCGAUGGCACCAGGAGAUCAUCAACGCGGUGUUCCCCCUGUAGUUUCACCUCGGACUUCCUCGAAUCGGACUUCAACAUCUGCAGCAGCUCCUGCCACAGAGAGGCCGUCACGAAGAGAGCGGCAUGGCGAUGCGACGAACUCUCCUAGAGCCGCUUCACAUGAUGGACAGCAAGACAGGCCCGAUAGACAGCGUAGUAAUGGUAAUACACAGGUUAAUGGAGCGGCCGAGGAUGCCAGGACCAGAAGAAGAACUCAGCAAUCAGGAGAGUCUCUCCCACACAGACCCAGCGGAACUAGAGAUUCGAGGGCCUCCCAAUCUGGAACAACACAAAGGUCUGCUGCAACUGCAAUGCAAUCACCAAGUGGCCCUUCUCGGGAGGCUAGCGAGAUUCUGAACCGCGUAGUAAUCAGCAAACCCGAGGUAGACAUUGAUCGAGAGCGUGAGCGCAUGGCUGAAGCUGUGCCAUCAUCGCCACCAUCUCAAGCAACACCAAGAGCAUCAGAGGCGGUGAAUAAUGAGGGGGGAGAAGACAGUGGUCGCCCUGGGAAUCGUAGUCGACAUGACCAUACCGCUAGCUCGGGGAGAAAGGAGAAGAACAGCAAAUUUGGAGACUACUUCCUAGGAAACACCCUUGGUGAAGGUGAGUUCGGGAAGGUAAAAAUGGGUUGGAAACAGGAAGGCGGAGUUCAGGUUGCUAUUAAACUCAUUCGAAGGGACAGCGUCGGUACAAGCCCAACCCGGUUAGCCAAGAUCUAUCGAGAAAUUACCAUCCUCCGGGACAUAUCACACCCUAAUAUUGUUCGGUUGCAUGAGAUGGUGGAAACAGAAAAGCAAAUCGGUAUCAUUCUCGAAUACGCUUCAGGCGGCGAGCUUUUCGAUUAUAUCCUAAAUCAUCGCUACCUCAAAGACAAUGCCGCUCGAAGAUUGUUUGCUCAGUUGGUGUCCGGAGUUGGGUACCUACAUAAAAAGGGAAUUGUUCACAGAGACCUGAAACUUGAAAAUCUGCUCCUCGAUCGGAACCGCAACAUAAUCAUUACGGAUUUUGGCUUCGCAAAUACUUUCAGCCCUGACGAUGAGCUUGGUGACGAGAUCGAAUAUAACCUAUCGAGUCGGGAAUACGUCAAGCGAAUGGAACUUGAUAAAAUCCUACCAAAUGGUACCAGGAGAGGAGAUCUAAUGCAAACUAGCUGCGGAAGUCCUUGUUAUGCAGCACCGGAACUGGUUGUUAGUGACUCGCUGUACACUGGUCGUAAAGUUGAUGUUUGGAGUUGUGGUGUUAUUUUAUACGCAAUGCUCGCGGGCUAUUUACCUUUCGACGAUGAUCCAGCAAAUCCAGAAGGAGACAACAUCAACCUGCUUUACAAAUAUAUUGUUUCGACGCCACUUACCUUCCCGGAAUAUGUAACACCACACGCUCGAGACCUUCUUCGUCGAAUCCUCGUACCUGAUCCUAGGAAGCGUGCUGAUCUUUUCGAGGUUGCACGACACAGCUGGUUAAGCGAAUAUUCCCAUGUGGUUGGAUUCAUUACGAGCAGCACUUCAACUACGGCAGACAUUGCUACCACCACUAUUGGCUCGAUUGAACAAGAAGCGCCUCCGUUGGCGAGAAGCUCCUCUGUUAGAGAGCCAUCGAAGCCGAGCAAACCAGCCACUCCAGCAGUGGGAGAGUUGGGCCGUAAGCAUGGCGGGGUGGACCCAGAAACUGUUGACUCGCAUCAGAAAUCGAACAAGGAUAAUAAACGAAGGACAGUCCAGGUCGAGUAUGUUGCUCCUCGAUCUCAAACACAGCGUGGCGAGCCGGCGGCGGCAGCGGGAGCCUCUUCGGGAUCUUCAAGGUCUCGUGCUCGUGCUGGAAGUACAGGUCCUGUCGAGGUUCCAGCUUCAAAGCCUCCCCAGACUAGAAGACAGGUCUCUACCGAGAAGCCGUUACCGCGAGAUCCACCAGUUUCUUCCGAUCCACAAUAUGCAAACCAAAGCCAGGGGAGACGUCCAUCGAGUUCGACACGCCAACAAGGUAUGCUUCCUCCACCUCGCCAAGGACGUGACUCUUCCAGAGCUGCAUCGGAUACUCAUGCUGCAGGCGCUGGACCCCCUGUCUCAAUUGCUCGACCAAAUACUGGAGGAUCCAUGACAUCCACUGCUAGCCGACAAGGAAUGCCAUUGACCAAUAGAGGUUCUUAUAGUCAGCCGGCAGCACCAACUGUGGCUGGUACAAAUGCCCAUGGUCGAAUGACACAGCCAAAGGGAGCUAAGCAAUAUAACAUUUCCAAACCAAUGUUACAGGAUGACGGUGAGUAUGACCGACCGGCUUCACAGCAAAUUCCUGCGAGGUUCGCCCAAGUUGCUGGAUUUGACGAUGAACAACAACAACAAACCACCGCGCCACUAGAGAAAGGACACAAGCGGUCAAACACCAUUGGCGGAUUCUUCAGCAGAAGCAACUCGGUAUUUGGAGGCAAGAGCGGGAAAAAGGAACCUCAAGCCGACCGACAAGCAGCACCGGAGAAGCAGAAGAAGUAUCCACCUGUCAGCAUGUCGGGCGCCAAUAUGCCUGGACAAGUAACCCCAAGACAAUCGAUGGAUUCUCGCCGAUCGAUAUCUUUCGGUUUUGGCAAAAAACGUAGUGGCAGCAUGACUGGAUCUCAGAGCACUCUUCAGGAAAAGCCCAGGAGGUUUUCUCUCCUCCCGGCUUCGUUUUCGCUUAAAUCCAUCGGCAUUGGCAAAGAUUCCGGUGCGCCAUCUUCUGAUUACGAACCCCGUCCAGACAGCCGCGGAAACAACCUUGGUAGUACUGGCCCACCAACUGCUCACAGCAAUACUGCACGUAGCGUAGGGCCCGUGACUGGAGGAUAUCCCUCUACCGCUGACGGGUCCUAUGAACGUCAACGGGACAGCCCAAGCCAAGAUCGUCAUGGAACAUCGACUGGAAGCCCAAGUCAGCAGAGAUACCCAUCUCAAGGAUACACUUCAGACCCCCGCUCAGGUGUUCCUCCACAGUUUCUCCCUCCUAUGAACUUCAGGCAGGGGGACUCCGCGCUAACCACCGAGUCCGAGUCAUCUCUUAACGAGUUUCAAAACCGACGAGCGCAACCUCAACCAAACUAUCCAGCUCAAGGGUACGCGAAUGACUACGAGAGUGACCGCCGACCCGCGACCAACUCGACUCUUAACAAUCGAGGAAAUGGGCGUGGGGUGUUGCAAAAGAACAAUCGCAAAUUUACCGACGCUUAUGAGCAAGAAACUAAUAACGGAUAUGGGCCCACCCACAACGAUCAUGCGGGAAGCAGUGGAGCAGCGAGGAAGGUGAUGGACUUCUUCAGAAGAAGGGGAAGAGACCGAGCCAGCGAGAGAUGA